AUGAAGAAGAGCGAGAGCAGGGAGCUCACAGCGGCGCGUGUGAUGUCUCCUCCUCCUCCCGCCGGCCGCACCUCUUUUAACCCCUUCAUCGACCCACUCAGCGCUCAGCACCUGAUGUCGGUGAACGCGUGUACCCGGACUCGUCAGGUGAAGGGUCCUCAAGAGGAGGAUGACGUGAUCAUUGGAGAGUGGAUAGGCAGGGAGCAGACACACACACCCCUCGUACUACACGGAACCGCUGCUCUGUGCCAGCGGUGCGCAGGUCACGGUCUAGAUCUACGUCUGCUGCUGUUGCUGGUCCUCAGACCAGGUCAGUGCUUCCUGUGCCUGGUGGACGUGGUCCCGGUGAAGAACGAGGAUGGCCUGGUGAUCAUGUUCAUCCUCAACUUCGACGUCAUGACAGACGACAAGCUGCAGGACCCCACCCAGGAGAUCAACCACCGCCUGCCCGCCUGGCUUGUUACCGGUCGCCCGCGAGGGUUCAAGCUCCGCCUGCCGCUGCUGCGCUCGCUGUCCAACAGCAAGGCCUCGCUGAACGACGCCGAGGCGGCCCAGGUCCCCACGGCAACGCCCCUGGCCCCGCCCACCCUGCACCCCAGCCAGGAGUCCCUCGGUGACUUCCUGCCCCUGCGGCCCCUCCUCCCCGGCAGCCAGGACCAGGUCUGCGGCAGCAGGUCGGGUCUCCAGAGUUGGCCCGAGGACCGCCAGGAGGACCAGUGCACCCUGCUGUGCUCGGGGUCUUCCUCCGUCUCCCCCACGCCGCCCCACCUGCCGCCCCCGGCCCAGGGCCACCGGCCCCCCCUAGUGGGCCCCCUCGCCCAGUCGUCUCCCUGCGUGGCGGCCCACCGCCUCAGCCUCAACCCCGACGCCUCCGCCUCCAACUGCUCCACCUCCAACAGCCGCUCGCGGGAGAGCGUCCACAGCAUGCGGCGCGCCUCCUCCGUGGACGAGAUCGAGGCCCUGCGGCCCGACUGGAGCCUCCGCAGCCGGAGGGGCAGCGCCCGGCUGGCCAGCUGCAGCAUGGGCGCGGUCAACCACCGGUCCAUCCUCAACUCCACGUCGGACUCGGACCUCAUGCGCUACCGCACCAUCUCCAAGAUCCCCCAGAUCACGCUGAACUUCGUGGACUUCAAGGCGGACCCCCUCAUCGCCCUGCCCCCCGGGGAGAUGGACAUCAUCGCGCCCUGCAAGCUCAUCGACCGCACGCACAACGUCACCGAGAAGGUCACCCAGCCGCGGUCGAUGCUCUCUGAGCCCAGCGCCGCGCCCAUGGAGGACUGGAACCCUCGCAGCCCCGCCGCCCGCAAAGCGAGGCUGCUGUUCCAUCGCUGCCCCGGCUUCAUGUCCACGCUUAUGUCCGCACAGGCACAGGGCUCUGGUCCGUCCAUCAAGGAUAAGUACGUGACAGCGCUCUACUUCACCUUCAGCUCUCUGACCAGCGUGGGCUUCGGGAACGUGUCGCCAAACACCAACUCUGAGAAGAUCUUCUCCAUCUGCGUCAUGCUCAUCGGAUCCCUGAUGUACGCCAGCAUCUUCGGCAACGUGUCGGCCAUCAUCCAGCGGCUGUACUCGGGCACGGCGCGCUACCACACCCAGAUGCUGCGCGUCCGGGAGUUCAUCCGCUUCCACCAGAUCCCCAACCCUCUGAGGCAGCGGCUGGAGGAGUACUUCCAGCACGCCUGGUCCUACACCAACGGCAUCGACAUGAACGCCGUGCUGAAGGGUUUCCCCGAGUGCCUGCAGGCGGACAUCUGUCUGCACCUGAACCGCACGCUGCUGCAGAACUGCAAGGCCUUCCAGGGCUCCACCAAGGGCUGCCUGCGCGCGCUCGCCAUGAAGUUCAAGACCACGCACGCGCCGCCCGGCGACACCCUGGUGCACGCCGGCGACGUGCUCAACGCCCUCUACUUCAUCUCCCGGGGGUCCAUCGAGAUCCUUCGGGGCGACGUGGUGGUGGCCAUCCUGGGGAAGAACGACAUCUUCGGCGAGCCCAUCAACCUGUACGCGCGGCCCGGCAAGUCCAACGCGGACGUGCGCGCCCUGACCUACUGCGACCUCCACAAGAUCCUGCGAGAGGACGUUCAGGAGGUGCUGGACAUGUACCCCGAGUUCUCCGAGCACUUCUGGGGGAACCUGGAGAUCACCUUCAACCUGCGAGACACCAACAUGAUCCCCGGCUCGCCCACCAGCGACGACUCGGACGGCGGUGGUUUCAACAAACUCCGGCGGCGUAAGCUGUCUUUCAGACGGCGCACCGAAAAAGACCACGCGGACGCCGGCGAGAUCAAGAAGUCCCAGAAGGCCGUGCGGCGGAGGAGGAGGUCGGCGGCGGGGUGCCAGAAGGCAGAGGAGGGCCUGAAGCCGAGUUGGGACGGGCAUCGCAGCUCCCUGUCCUCCCCCACCAGCGGAGACGAGGGUGAGGACCCUGCUGGGGUCUCCCCGGCCCCCGGGUCCACCCUGCUGGACCCCCUGCAGGCCCAGGCCCCCCCGCUGAGCUUCAGCCAGGUCCCCGACGGAGACGCCAAGACGGGGAACACCUGCAAUGCCCUCUCAGGAGCGUUCUCGGGCGUGUCCAACAUCUUCAGCUUCUGGGGGGAGACCCGGACCAGCCCCCAGUACCAGGAGGUCCCGCGGUGCAGCUUGCCCUCCCCGCCCCGGGCCAGCGCCCCCCUCCGCGGGCUGAACCGCCAGCAGCGCUCCGACCUGGAGUCACGCCUGGACCUGCUGCAGAGGCAGCUCAACAGGUUGGAGAGCCGCAUGUCCACCGACAUCGGAGCCAUCAUGCAGCUGCUGCAGAGACAGAUGGCCCUGGUGCCCCCCGCCUACAGCACCGUGACCCCCUGCCCCCCGCAGGCUUCCUCAUACCCCGGUCCGGGACCGGGUCUAGGUCCAGGAGAGAGACUGGUCCUGCCUGUGGGGGCCGAGGCCCUGACCUCCCUCUCUCAGAUCCUAGACCCCCAGGACCUACUGGGGUUUCCCAGAAACCCUUUAGAGGCCCUGCACACCCAAGGCGCCCCUGGUCCUGGACGCGGUCCCGGCUCGGGUCUGGAUCAGGACCUGGAGAUGGACCUAGGACUGGGGAGCGCCACGGGCCUCGUCCCGGGGGCCGGGAUGGACCUGGGUCCGGCUCUGAGACCCAUCCUGGACUUGGAUUUUGGGAACCAGGCCUCCCGGGGUUCAGGCUUCGACCUCAGCCCGGGGAGGGGGGGCCUCCUGGACCUAGAGGCGCAGCGGAGGCGGUCCCUCCAGGAGCCGCAGACCCCCCUGGACUCACGGACCCCACAGAGACACGGCUCCGACCCGGGAGGGAGCUGAGGGGACGGAGGGCCGGGUCGGGAGGGGGGGCGGACCGGAGACCUGGGUGGAGGUGAGGGGCCUGGACGGACCCCUGGGGGGAGACGGACGAGGGGGGAAGGGGGAGGAGGCUCUGAGGGGACAGAGGGUCUGGUCUCAGAGGGACCCCCCUCUGGGGUCUUUCUUCCAUUUCUCGGGGCCCUUCUGAUGAGCAGGACAACAUGGAGGACUCUGAGAGCCUCCUCACCCCCCCUCUACAGCCCACCCAAGACACGAGGAAAGGCUGGUUGGGGACCCCCCCCCCCCCUGCGCAUGGCGACUGAGACAGACUAGACCGAGGUCGACAUGUGGGAUCCUACACAAACACACAAGCAUACACACGCACACACACACACACACACACACACACACACACACACACACACACACACACACACACACACACACACACACACACACACACACACACACACACACACACACACACACACGAACACACACACAAUCCUCUCCUAAGUCUCUGGAACUUUGUACACUUUCAAACAUUGGUACAAUUACACAACUUUAACCAAAAAACACAAACUAAGCCUAAGAGGACCUCCUCUGACAUCCUCUUUUUUAUGUUGUCCGGACCGUCCAGAGGUCUGACUCCAGUGACUCCGAACCUGUAAACCAAUCCCUUUACUGCUGUGUCCAGUGUUGGAUGAUUCAACAAGAAGACAUGACAACAGCACAGAGUUACACAAACCAAGUAGCCAUUUACGUCUUGCACUGAAAACCUUGAGGAAACUCUUAAUAUUGUUAUUAAUAUUCUUAAUAUUAUUAUUAUUCUCUACUCUACAUGUCCGUGGCGCUUCCGAAAAUCUGAAUAGCAAGGCACACUGGUUGGGCGAACUCCAGAGUUAGCUGGCCUAACAGAAUGCUGAUCGCUCCGCCCACCCCAUAUAGCCCCGCCCAUCUCGUAAGGCCCCGCCUAUCCCAUAUGGCCCCGCCCAUCCAGUAUGGCCCCACCCACAAUGUAUGGCCCCACCCAUCUUGGGCGGUUAGGGUUAGGGUUAGGUCGGUACUGGAGGCUGAAGAUGAGGACGUUUCCUGAAGAACAGAUCAGACGGCCAAUCGUAACCAUGAGCUCAUCAGCUCACUCUGAGUGAACUUUUAGUCAUCAACUCGUAAACUGGCAAACUAAUCAUUCUCUUAGACCUGAGCACCUGAACCAUUAUUUCUAGCAGCAAAUGUUCUCCACCUAAUAAUGUACAACGUUAGCACCAAUGCAGAGAUUGCCGUUUGUCCGUGGUUGUUAUGAAUAUUUAUUGGCCUGCUUGGAUCUUGAGGGUUUCAUUCAUCCAUUAUAACGGUUGUACGAUCAUUCUUAUUUUUUACUCUAGUUCAAUUUGCUACCUCAGAUUUCAUUGGUCCUUAAUCUUAUUUUCAGACCCAACCCGGAGUGAUUUCAUCAUGUAUAAAUUAAUCAUAUAUUACCAGUUUGCCAGCUUACAAAGACGGAACCAGUAUCCCCGUUUGUACCGUACGACUCGCAAACACUGGAGAAAGAUGCUUCUAAACUGAGAGGGGGUCAGCGACCUUGACCUGCUCUCAAGAGGGAAAGAUCCUUAGUUUUGCUGUUUGGUUUUACAACUGUUUCUGCACAUCUGUGUGUGUGUGUGUGUGGGUUUGUGUGUGUUCCCUCGCUCUGAUCAUAUCUUCCUUUGCAUUGGCAGGGAAAAACCGUACUUACUGCUGACAAGUGUAUGUUUUAUGUGUAACACAUCUUUUGGUUUUGGGAUGAAUGUUUUUGACUUCCUAAUGUCUGUAUGUUGGCGAGAGAUUUCUUUAUGCUUUCAGCUUUAACCGUCAAGUGAAAGGAACUCAAAGCAAUAGUUAGUCCUGGGGAGCUGGAGAGAGGAGAAGAGAGGAGGGGUAACUUGUAGCAAGAUCUCAUUUGAAAACAUAUACUCUCUAGGAAUGGAUAUGAGUUUGAGACAGGGUCUUGGAUAACAAGACACAGACGCUCAUCCCAGCUGGCGAGACAAACUCUUAAAUCAGAAACUAUGUUGAAAGCAGUUCACGGACAACAACACAAACCUGGGUUUGGUAUUCAGGAGCCCCGUUCGAUUCCUUGGAGUUCUGUAUCGAAGUACAGUACCCCUAACAUCCCUGCUGAAUUACAAUUGAUUUCAUGUGGUCAAAUUUCCAUACCUGAGUUUAUAAACUGUUUAUUGCUUGUGACACAAGCCUAUAAAUAUAUCUCUGGCCUUUGUUUUCCUGGAGAUAGAAGACUAGCGGAACAAACGAGACGAGGGAAGCCAUGACCUCUGAGGUGAACUGCCUCAUGGAUGCAGGCCUUUCUUGGUCUCCUUUCUUGGUCUCCAUUUUUGGAAUUUCUGCCCUUUGUAAAAUACAGAAAUUAAUAGGAUAAGAGCCAUCUGAGAUUAGCAAAGUAGCUCUGUUAGCCACGGCACCACUUCUGACCUGUUCCUGCUUUUUUACAUUUGGAAGAAAUACCCCAACAAGAAAAACAAGUUAACCUGAUGCCUUCACUUUCUCUCUUCAUAAUUGAUUGUACAUAGAAGUCCACAUUUAGACGAAGCACAAAUGGAUUAUUUUCCGCCCAAAAUCUCCUUCAACAAUACAUAAGACACUAUAGUUAAUAAUAGCAUGUUAGAUGGAUAGGGAUCCCUUCGAAUGGUGGGGAAAUUAAAAAAAUAAUUAUAAUAUCCCGACAAAGUAUAUAUUUUCUGAAUUGUAUCGAGGACUGCUUUCUGUUGUGGAAAAAAGUCCAACAGGUAAACACACACUGGCGAUUGAACAGUAAAGAAAACUGGAAGUAAGCAGAAACAGGUUAAUAUGACAGAAUAAUAACAUCACAAAUCAACCUACUCACUAAUUAUCUCUAUGAAAUCCUAUUUGUGUCUGUAAACACUGUCUGUAUCUGCUGCUGCUUGCGGGCCUCAGCUGUCUAUUUAUUUAUUUAUGUGACUUGUUGCUCUGUUUGUGGACGUGCCCUCCGCUCUUCACCGCUGGAGGGUGGAGUGUGUGAGGGCUUUGUGUGUUACUUUGUUUUUCCUCCCAGUGUUUUUGUGUGUUGAAUUCUUUCCUGAAGAUGUACAUCUGUAAAGCCGU